CAAUGGAAGGUCCGGUUUAGCGAUUACGUCUCGGAAGGAGUGUUGACAUUUAUUUGAACGGUACGGGAGAAUAUGAAUAGGCGAAAAGGAAGAAUUUUUGGAAUAAUAACGAAUAGACUUUUGUGACUCAUUUUUAUAUUGGAAUGUAUUAAUCAAUGGUGCUUGGUGUCUGUUCCAUGACUACAUGCUAUUAAAAAACUUUGUGCGCGUGAGGGCUUUGGCUCGAACUGCAACGCGCCAUAUUGGUUUGAGACAAUUGCUCAAGUUAGUGGGGGCCUGACUGAUACAACUUUUCUAUCAAACCAACGUAGAAUUAUUUAUUUCACGAUCAUGGAGGAAACCAAAAUUAUAUACCAUAUUGACGACGAAGAAACACCUUAUUUGGUGAAGCUGACUAUAUCACCGGAGAGGGUGACUUUGGCAGAUUUUAAAAAUGUCCUCAACCGACCGAAUUACAAGUAUUUCUUCAAAUCAAUGGACGAUGACUUCGGAGUUGUGAAAGAAGAGAUUGUAGAUGACGAUGCGCAUCUUCCAUGCUUCAAUGGACGAGUAGUCUCAUGGUUGGUGUCUGCCGAAGGCAGUAAUGUAUCGGAUGGUGUUUCACAUUGUACCGAUUCUGUAGCGCAUAGUGAUGUAAAGCAUGAUCGUGUUGAUCAUGUAACACCAGGACAUACGAAUCGUGGUCCACCGCCGCUUUCGCAUGAUGAUACAUUAACAGAAACUGAAAGUAUUAUAAGUAGCCGACAAGGACAUCAUUUACAUAAAAGUUCAAGACAUCAUACAGACAAAUAUGAGAAAUAUAACAAAUAUAAUGGAUUGCGAAUAAAUGGUCAUUCCAAGCAUCGUUCUGGUCAUGGCUAUGAAACUGCCUCCAUAUUGAGCUCAGAUCUAGAAACGACAACAUUUUUAGAAUCGGAUGAUGAUGCAAGUAGUCGUAUUACAUCUACAACAGGUCGUCAUACUAAUAUGAGUAGUGCAGUUGACAGGGCAACUUUAGAUCGACGUAGACCUCAAAGAAGAAGAAGACACAGAUUACCUCCUAUGUCUCGAACAUCCUCAUUUAGCAGUAUCACAGAUAGCACAAUGUCUUUAAAUAUCAUAACGGUUUCAUUAAAUAUGGACACUGUCAAUUUCCUUGGAAUAAGUAUUGUUGGACAAAGUAAUAAAGGUGGAGAUGGAGGAAUUUAUGUUGGAUCUAUAAUGAAAGGGGGAGCUGUAGCUUUAGAUGGCCGAAUAGAACCUGGUGACAUGAUUCUUCAAGUUAAUGAUAUUAAUUUUGAGAACAUGUCAAAUGAUGAGGCGGUAAGGGUUCUACGUGAAGUUGUGCAAAAACCAGGACCUAUCAAAUUAGUUGUCGCAAAAUGUUGGGAUCCGAAUCCAAAAGGUUAUUUUACCAUACCAAGAACAGAACCAGUGCGUCCUAUAGAUCCGGGUGCAUGGGUGGCACAUACAGCGGCUAUACGAGGCGAAGGUUUCCCACCUCGUCCGCCAAGUGCAACAACAUUAACAUCUACAUCAAGUAGUCUUGCAAGUACUUUACCAGAUACAGAACGACCACUAGAGGAACUUCACCUUACCAUUAAUACAGACAUGCCAACAAUAGUACGUGCCAUGGCACGUCCUGAUUCGGGUCUGGAAAUUCGUGAUCGCAUGUGGCUUAAAAUUACAAUUCCAAAUGCAUUUAUCGGGGCAGAUGUUGUUGAUUGGCUUAGCACACAUGUAGAAGGAAUUAUUGAUCGUCGUGAAGCUAGAAAAUACGCAUCAUUAAUGUUAAAAGCUGGAUUCAUCAGACAUACUGUGAAUAAGAUCACAUUUUCCGAACAAUGUUAUUAUAUAUUUGGUGAUCUGUGUUCUGCAAUGAGCAGCAUGAAAUUAGAUUGUGAUACGGUUGGACCUUUGCCGCCUCCUAACGCUUGGGACAUGCCUUACUCAGGGACCUAUGCACCUCAUUCUGCGACUGGUUACAGUCCAAUGCCAUUUAAUUUUACUAAUGAACCAACUGUAUAUGGAUAUCAUAGAGAGGAAAGUGUUCAUAGUGGUUCAGGUGGUAGCAGUGCAGGUAGUGAACAUAUUUGUAAGGAACCUAUCCACGACUUGAAGUCUUGUUCUUCAGCAUCCGAAUCGGAAUUACAUAUCCCAUCUGUGCCAAGUAUGCCAAGUAAGAAUUCUGGUAAUGGGAAUGGUUCGAAUGGUAAAAGGUCAAAUGGAAGCCAUAGUCGGUCCAGUGGAUCUGAGCAAUCUGUACAGACAGGAACUGGUUCCGGAACUCAACAAAAUCAACAAGACUUAUCUGAUGAAGAAGACAUUUUGGAGUACCAGUUUCUGCAUAAGUGAAGAUCUCUGUUAUCACGUAAUACGUAUACACAAUGACAUUAAUAGACGUUAACAGGAAGUUAUGGUAUAAUUCCACGUCGUUUUAUUAAGUGGACGGAAGUAGCACACGCGAAACAUAUGUUUAUAUAUUUAAUAGGCCAAUUUUGAUAAAAUGCUGUAGAAGGUAAAAUGUCCAAGCUCAUGUAAUAAUGAUUUAUAAUGUCUAUACAUAAUAGAAUUAAGGUCAUUGGAAUCUCUGUGUGACAAAUGUGUCCUUUUUUGAAAUGUUGGUACGGUUUGUGUUAAUUCAUACGAAACAUUUGCAGUAACAGGGGUUGUAUUACUUAUGCAGUAUUCUUUGUGCAUACAUGCAUGCAUACAUGUAUAUCUAUACUCGCACGCGCGCACACGCACACACGCACACACACACACACACACACACACACACACACAUGUAUAUAUAUGUAUGUAUGUAUGUAUAUAUUACAAAUUACUGCAAACACGUGCAGGUUGACAGAGCUUAUUAAUUCUUGUAAGUACGUCAAGUACUAGCUCCUGUUUGAUAACGCUUUUCAAACAUAUUCCCAUUCUCACAUUAAUCGUUAUUAAUAAUUAUAUUUUUUCAACUUUCCAUUAUUAGAGAGCAAUCUUUGUUUCCGAAUUGUUUGAAACGUUAUAUCUCGUAAAAUCUUUAAUAUCCUUAUCUUUUUUUUUUUUGCUUUCUAUAAAAAAAGGAAAAUUUUGAAAGCAAAAUGGAAAACGGAAAAAUGAAAGAAGUUUCCAAUAUAAUAAAUACUAUGUGUAAACUCUUUACACACACGACAAUAUAAUUUGCCCCCGUCGUAAAAAAUAUCGAAAUAAAGAAAGUGUCAAAUUUAUAGAAUAUGGAGACUAUUUGGGCAUUUGUAUACGUUAUCUUUUCGAAGGUGGGAAACAUCUCGUUGCAUUAAAAUUAAUUGUGAUAUUAUACAGAAAUUUGAACAAACAGGAACGGAUAUCAGAAGUGCAAAAUAAAAAAAAAUAAAAAAAGUAAAAAUAAUAAACAAGUAGAAGCGUAGCAACGAGACAAAAGGAAAUGUGCCGGUAUAAUAAUCUAUGUAGCCAGCCUGUACACAUACACAUAUACAGACACACAAAACAUUUACCAAACUGUUGAGGUCUCAACAUAGAAUCGAUAAUAUUCAUUCCGAUUUUUAAUGGGUCAUGAACGUCAUUUUUUAAGUGCGCAUACUAAGAACUCACGGAAUAUGUAUACGCAUAUAUAAACACAUAUAGAUAUACAUAUUAUAUUUAUUUAUAAAGGAAUGUAUAUACAUUUUUUAUUGUUUUUACCGAAAAUUCUUUAUGUGUAUAACUUGCGUGGAAACAACUCGUGCGUUUUUGAACCGCUGUGAGUAUUACGUAAUAAAGUAAUUAACAUUAACGACGUGUACAGAAUGUAUUUCAUUGGUGACAUGGAAUGUCUUUUUGAUAAUUCAUUAUUAUUCGUAAAAAAUUGUAAACAUUAGUAGGGCAAAACAUUAAAAAAGGCAAAAUAUAAAAUAAUGAACGCACUGUUCAAGGCAUAAAAUUGACUUACGAUUUUCUUGCUUUUACAAUGAAAUUUGAAACAAAGCUUUUUUAUGUU